CAAAAAGGAAAGUAUGGUCCCCAGGAGGUUUUGUAUAAAGAUUAGUGUCUGUAUGAUACCAUUAGGGUUGCGAUUGUUUCGGUAUUACAUGGUCUAAUGUAAAAGGUUAAUCUUUCCUUCGCUUUGUGGUCUUGGUUAACUUGGUGAUUUUGUUAACUUAGUAUGUUCGGUUCUGAUGUUUUUUUGAUCUCUGCAGAAAAUUAGCAUUUGCUCUGUCUGACAUAAACCAGCCUCCAAGCCACAUAGUGUCAUAUGAUGUACUGUACAUACUAUUAUGUUAAUUUAAGGAAUAUAUGAAAAAAAGGAAUCCAGCUAGGUUAAUGAGUCAGGAAGCAGAAACAUGUUUCAGGAUUCCUAUUUUAACUUAUAAACCGACUCUCGCCCAUGACUAAGGAGGUAAUGUCGGAUUCUGGGUAAGAGCUUGAUUUUCCUCUUGCGUUUUGUUUGUUGAUUUGUGUCAUGUUUUGUUGGCAGCUGACUCUGAAUUUCUGGAAGAGCUCCUGGAAGUUUCUGGACAUAAUGAUAUCUGUGCUGUGGCAUGAGCCUCUCUGUUGCCAUAUGCUGCAGAGUUGGUCUUCUCAUCACUUCUGCUCACUCUGUGCCAGGAUGCCACCUCACACGUGCUGGACUCAUCACUGGUCCUGCUGGGCACGUCUGCUAGACCAUGUGACUCACACAGGAAAGCUGUCCUAGGAUGCUGCUUUAGUUCUCAAGUUUGUGGGCUUGUUUUGUCACUUACGUUAGGUGCAUACGUGGCUAAAUAACAUUGCAAUUCAGUCCCAAACAGCUAAGUGUUGUUCUGAUCAAGUUGAGUUUAUCUUGAAAGUAGUGUUACUAGCCAAGGCUCCUAUAGAUGUAUUAUUGGGAUGUCUUUUCUGUGUAGUUGUGGCCGUUGUUCGACUGGGAGCUCAAAAUCCACCCACCUGUUUGAGCAGUCAGUGUGUUACCGCAGGCUGUUGAGGAGUAUUAAAUUCAGACACCCAGCUAGUGCCUGGGGCUGAUGGACUUGCUGUCAUUCAGCCGAUUGAACCAUUUAUCAAAAUACUGACAGUAUUGAUUUGCUUUAUUCCCCAAACUUUGGCAACCACAGCCCCAGGAUAUUUCUAAAGUAAAAACAAAUAAUAUGAUAUCUUGCUGUUUUUAUACCUUAAUGUGACUUACCCCCCCGGAAACUUGGUGGAAGAAAAUCAUUCUGGCAUUCUUAGUCCCUGUUUGUUCAGCAGGUUAUGAUACUUGACAUAUAACUGCGGUCUUAAAAGCAUCAGCAAUCCUCUCUCAUUCUUGGAAUUGAUGAUAAAAUGUUUGGGUAUAAUAGUUUUGUCUGAAAGUCAGGUCAUAAACACAAAACUAACACAUUAUUGUUAACACGCACCUCUUUGGGUUUUUUUUGUUUUUUUUAAAUGACAAAUUUUUCUAAUGUAGCACCACCUAUAUAACAACACCAAAAGAGGAAGCAUUUAAGGAAUUGAGAAAGUAUUUCUCUUUGAUGGUAUCUGCAAACUUUGUAUGAUUUAGAUUAGAUAGAACUUUAUUGAUCCCUUUGGGAGGGUUCCCUCAGGGAAAUUAAAAUUCCAGUAGCAUCAUUACAGGAUAAACGGAGAAUAGAAAAAAAGAGAGAACUUCUAGAUAAAUUAAGUAUUUAGAAAACUUCUAGAUAAAUUAAUUAUUUACAUAUACAAAUAUAUUAAAGAUAUGAAAAAAGUCCAGCAGGAGAGGUAUUGCACAUUGUCCAUUAUUGCUUUUUGUCAGGCUAGGCUACUGUUCCUUCCUGUCCUCUGUCCUCCUGUUACCCCCCCCCCCAGAGAGGAGUUGUACAGUCUGAUGGCGUGAGGGACAAAGGAGUUUUUAAGUCUGUUAGUCCUGCACUUGGGAAGGAGCAUUCUGUCACUGAACAGGCUCCUCUGGUUGCUGAUGACUGUGUGCAGUGGGUGACUGGCAUCAUCCAUGAUGUUCAGUAGUUUGUCCAUAGACCUCUUCUCUGCCACCAUCACCAUAGAGUCCAGCUUCAUGCUGACCACAGAGCCGGCCUGCCUGAUCAGUUUGUCCAGCCUGGAUGUGUCCUUCUUGGAUGUGUUGGCCCCCCCAGCACACCACGGUGUAAAACAGGACACUGGCGACCACGGACCGAUAGAACAUCCACAGGAGUUUCCUGCAGAUGUUAAAGGACCGCAACCUCCUCAGGAAGUACAGCCUGCUCUGUACCUUCCUGUACAGGUGAUUGGUGUUGCAAGUCCAGUCCAGCUUGCUGUCCAGCCACAGCCCAAGGUACUUGUAGGAAUCCACAGCCUCCACCUCGACUCCCUCGAUCAGAACUGGUCAUGACCUUGGUCUGGACCUCCCAACAUCAGUGACCAGCUACUUGGUCUUCGAGGUGUUGAGCUGCAGAUGGUUCCUGUUGCACCAAACAGCAAAGUCCCUCACCAGGCUCCUAUACUCCUCUCUGUCGUCCCUGAUACACCCCACUAUGGCUGUGUCAUCGGCGAACUUCUGAACAUGACACAGCUCUGAGUUGUAGCAGAAGCCUGCGGUGUACAGGGUGAAGAGAAGAGGGGCCAGCACCAUGCCCUGGGGUGCUCCGGUGCUGCUAAUCACAGUGUCAGACGUGAUGUCCUUCAGCCUAAUGAACUGCGGCCUGUCGGUGAGGUAGCUGGAGAUCCAGGUGACCAGGCAGGGGUCCACCCACAUCCUGUUCAGUUUGUCCUGAAGCAUAAGGGACUGGAUGGUGUUGAAGGCACUCGAGAAGUCCAAGAAGAGGAUCCUCACUGUGCCAUUUCCCUUAUCCAGAUGUGAGUGGGCUCAGUGUAGCAGGUAGAGGAUGGCGUCUUCCACUACUUCCCAGUAUGCAAACUGCAGACAGUCCUAGGCGUGUUGCACCUGGGGUCUGAGGAGGCUGAGGAAGAGCUGCUCCAACGUCUUCAUCAGAUGUGAACAACGUCAAUGGACGUGAUCCUUCCUCAGUGAUGGUACUGACAGACUCCCGAGAGCAGGUCCCCUCUAGUGCUGGAGCUAUGGAGAUUACUGAAUUUAUUUGUCAGCGCGAUGCAAAUCCAUGUCUCAUUACAGCCGAGCACAGCUUUGGCCGUGCCGGUGUAGAGUGUUACUGCCAGCAUGAGAGUGGCUCGGCUGUCAUCCAACUGCAGUUUCUCAUCAAUGAGGGGGCGCUAGUGAGUGGUUUGGCUGAUGACAGCAUUCAUUUAUGGAAUCUGAGGCAAAAAAUCCCAGCUAUUCUCCACUCCCUUAAAUUCACCAGGGAGAGAAUCACGUUUUGCCAUCUCCCCUUCCAGAGUAAAUGGCUUUACAUCGGAACAGAACGGGGGAACAUUCAUAUUGUCAAUGUGGAGUCCUUCACUCUCUCAGGCUAUGUCAUCAUGUGGAACAAAGCCAUUGAACUCUCUUCAAAAACCCACCCUGGUCCUGUGGUACACAUCAGUGAUAAUCCUAUGGAUGAGGGAAAGCUUUUGAUUGGCUUUGAAUGUGGUAUUGUUGUGCUGUGGGACUUGAAAUCAAAGAAAGCUGACUACCGCUACAGCUAUGAUGAGGCGAUUCACUCAGUGGCCUGGCACCAUGAAGGGAAACAGUUUGUGUGCAGUCAUUCAGAUGGUACACUUACCACAUGGAAUAUACGCUCUCCUGCCAAGCCGGCACAGAUCAUUACACCACAUGGCAAGCAGCCUAAGGAUGGAAAAAAGCCUGAGCCGUGCAAACCCAUUUUGAAAGUGGAAUACAAGACAACCAGAGCUGGGGAUCCUUUUAUGAUUCUGUCUGGAGGUCUUUCAUAUGAUACAGUGGGACGCAGGGCCUGUCUGACUGUAAUGCAUGGAAAAAGCACUGCUGUACUGGAGAUGGACUAUCCCAUUGUGGAUUUCCUAACUCUGUGUGAAACUCCGUAUCCGAAUGAUUAUCAAGAGCCUUAUGCUGUAGUGGCCCUGCUGGAGAAGGAUUUAGUAGUUAUUGACCUUGCACAAACUGGGUACCCCAUCUUUGAAAACCCAUAUCCUCUGACCAUCCACGAGUCCCCAGUGACCUGCUGUGAAUACUUUGCUGACUGUCCAGAUGAACUAAUCCCUGCACUUUACUCUGUGGGAUCCAGGCAAAAGAGACAGGGCUACAGUAAAAAGGAAUGGCCUAUAAGUGGUGGUAAUUGGGGCCAGGGCACACAAAGCUAUCCAGAGAUAAUCAUCACAGGACAUGCUGAUGGAUCAGUCAAAUUUUGGGAUGCUUCUGCAUUAAUGCUGCAGGUGCUGUACAAGCUGAAAACAGCCAAGGUGUUUGAAAAAGCCCGUAACAAAGAGGAAAAGCCCAGCACUGACAUAGUGGAUGAAGACCCUUUUGCCAUCCAGAGUCUGUCCUGGUGCCCAGAGAGCCGCAUGCUGUGUGUGGCUGGAGUCUCUGCUCAUGUCAUUGUUUACCGGUUCAGCAAACAGGAAAUCACCACAGAGGAAGUUCAGCUGUUAGAGGUGCGCAUGCAGUGUGAGCUGAAUGAAGUAGACUCUCCGGAUGGUGGAGGGGACCACGCAUCAGCUGUAUCCACACCGGGAGCUUCAUCCAGCCCUCAGUUCAGCGCACCACAAACACACCUAUCCACCAGCAGCAACAAUUCCACUGAUGGCCUGCGUGAUAACGUGCCCUGCCUCAAGGUGAGGAGCACUCCACUCAAGCAGUCUCCAGGCUACCAGGUGGAACUGGUUAUUCAGCUGGUGUGGGUCAGUGGGGAACCACCGCAGCAGAUCACCAGCCUGGCGGUCAACUCUGCCUACGGCCUAGUGGUUUUUGGUAAUGGUAAUGGCUUGGUGGUGGUGGAUUAUCUUCAGAAGACUCUGCUGCUCAAUGUGAGUACAGCAGAACUUUACGGCUCCUCCGAUCCCCACCAGAGACAGCCCCGUUCACCCCGCAAAGCCAGACAGCCCUCUGGAGGUCUCUGUGAUGGCCACGAUGGUUCUACUGCCUUAGAAGACCGGUGCAAAUCUCCUACAUCAGGCUGCGUAAGCUCUGACUCCCCCUGCCAUUCUGAUGAUGACGGCAAACCAAAUUUCUUUGAAAGGGUGAAGUCGAAAAGCAGACUGUUAUCAAAGAGUGUUGCCAAUGACUUUGCUAAGAUGUCAUGGAAAUUUAGCUUGGCUGCUGAUCAGAAACAAGAUGGGACUAUACAGUGGCAGCGCUCUCUCCCUAAUAAGAAACAUGUGUGUAAUGAGGAGGAAGUGCCAAGAAGAAACGCAACAUCUAUUCACAGGACUCACUCUGUGCCUGAUUCCAAUGCCAAGGACAAUUCCUUUAGCCGCUCGCGCAGCUCCAGCAUGACCAGUAUUGACAAAGAGUCACGUGAGGUCAUCUCUUCCUUACAUUUUUGCGACUCCCUGUCCAGGAAGAGUGACGUAGCAGCAUCCCCCAGCCUUUGGGUGGGCACCUCUGUGGGCACUAUGCUGGGUAUUUCCUUCAAUGUGCCCUCUACCCCUGAGCAGAGGCUGCAACAAACAGUAGGCGUUUCCUUCUGUGGCUCAGUAAUUCGGUUGAAAGGAGGCAUUUUGCACAUGGCAUUGAUGGACUCGAGUGGCUCUCUACAGCCUCCUGCCUCUGAGUGCUGGUAUGACCUCAAUGCCUCUGAGGAGGAGAGGGAAAAGACGCGGCGGCGCCGGCCUGCCUCACCUCCUUCUUCUCAGGAGAACCAAGACACCCACUACGCUGUGGUCUGUUCUGAGAAACAAGCCAAAGUGGCUGCCCUGCCCUCACAGAACUGCAUCUUUGAACACAACAUCACUGAGACCUCGUACGUGCUGAGGGCCGACGUUGUGGUCAUGCCUGCUGGAAUCUGCAUCGCUUGUUUCUGUGCCAACGGGCAUAUCAUGACUCUGAGUCUGCCCAGUCUGCGGCCGUUACUAGACGUGAACUAUCUGCCUCUGACGGACAUGCGGAUAGCUCGAACGUUCUGCUUCUCCAACCUGGGCCAGGCUCUGUAUCUCACCUCCCCUACAGAGAUCCAGAGAAUCACAUACAGUCAGGAAACCUGUGAUAACUUGCAGGAAAUGCUGGGAGAGCUGUUCACUCCAGUCGAGACACCAGAGGCUCCUAACAGAGGCUUUUUUAAAGGUCUUUUUGGAGGUGGGGCCCAAUCCCUGGAUAGAGAAGAUCUCUUUGGAGAAAUGGCAGCAGGGAAAGCCUCACGCAGCCUUGCCCAGCACAUUCCAGGGCCAGGUAGCAUGGAGGGCAUGAAGGGGGCAGCGUCAGGAGUGGUGGGUGAGCUGGCACGUGCCCGGAUAGCUCUAGAUGAGAGAGGACAGAAGCUCGGCGAGCUGGAGGAGAGGACGGCAGCCAUGAUGGCUAGCGCAGACUCGUUUUCCAAGCAUGCACAUGAUGUGAUGUUGAAGUACAAGGAUAAGAAGUGGUAUCAGCUCUGAUGGCCAUGCAGAGAGUCAGGGGGUCCUUUAUCUUGGGGCUGCACAUCCACCCUCACUCUCCUCCCCCUCUUCCUCCACUUCCUUUCUCUCUCAAGUAAAUGUUGUGUCUACUGUUCUCAAGUUCAGCGCCACAGUGUUUCCUCGGUCAUCUGACACAGCUUGAGCUGAGGGGCUGAACAGAGAGCGAAAAUGGAAGAAGCAGGAAGAGGGAAAUAAAUGCCAGCAAAACCCUUCCAUUUCUCUAGAUGAAAUGUGAGGGAUUGAGUACUCUUUCCUGUCACAAAGAUGCUCCCUUCUGUUACAGGAUAGGGGACUCAACAUGAGUUCUGGCCAUGUAACUUGCUCUCGUCAUCGUCAUCAUCAUCUGUGCUGUCAUUUUGUCACUGCCAUUCUAAUCAUAAAGAAAAACAAACAAAAAAAAGAAAGAUCGAUUGAUUAUUUCUAUAAAUGAAUGGGGUGAGAGUAGUUGAACACUGAGCACUCUAAAUGUUAUGCCCAUAGCAUUGCCUGGUGUAAUGCCUUCUGAUUAACAUGGAUCUAAAUAAAUAGCAUGUCUAGUGACUUAGGAAACCUAGCAUUUUACUACUUUUCGUUUCUUUUCACACGAAUUGAAGGCUAGAUGUCUGAUGAAGUAUCAUUAAUUCCAUCUCUAAAGGGCUGGUAAUGUGCUGUAACAACCAUAUAGCAUGUGAUCAUUUCUGCCCAAUCACGGACUGGCCAGUGCAAAAUAGAAUCGCGCUGGUCUUUCGUUUCAGUCCUUUUUCACAAAGGGCAUGUUGGUUUACAUUGCUCAGAUCCCUAGAAAUCCAUUACAAGCUUUUGGUUUCGACACACGUGCAUCCAAACAAAUAUUAAGCUAAAUGAACUGAGCAUGAUCUAAUCAUCUGCUGAAUAUAUAUAGUUUAUGAACAGUUGCAUAUCAUACACUGGAGAACUAUAUCCUGGAGCAUGUGUACUAUUUUUGUCCAUGUGGCGAAACUUGAUGAAAACUUGAUCAGUGUGAGGCAUGACGUUACAGUAUGUGCCUUGUGAUGACUGAUGUAGUAGACUUCCUCACUACCUGGUGGAAACUCAAGAAUGUUCUGUGGAUACUCUGUGGAGUCUUGCUCCUCCUUCCGCUUUUCCCCAUGAUGCUUAAGCUUCUCUGCUGUGUGACCCCUAAGGAGACCCCUUAGAGCAGCUCUGCAGUGAAACUGCUUCCAUCCAGCAGUCCUCAGGUGGAGGAAAGAUGUAUUUCUCUUCUAUUCAUCUCCAUUUCCUCCCCCCCCCCCCCCCCCCCCCAAACCGUAACUUGAUAAAUGCAUGAGUUUGAUCAAACCCAGAGACCCGACUAGAGCCAUCUUUGUGUUUGCCGCAGAGGAAGUGACCGAGUGCCACUAAGCAACUCCAUGCUGUUGGUCAGCAUUUCCCCAAUCUGUACCUGAGAGGGGUUUCUCUUUUGCCUUUGCUUAUCAUGCAAAUAUCCUAACCUCGUCCUAUGUGUAUAUCUGUGAAUCUUUGUGAACAUACAUAUAUGCAGGAAUAUGUGUGUGCUCACAUAUGAUUUACAGAAAUGCCAUAGUACCUGAUUAUUUAAAAUUCUAAGUUGAGACUUUUUUGUUAUGUAUGUGCUGAGUCGUCUUCUUUUUGCGAGGUGCAAGAAAUUGCUGCUACUUGUUUAUUUAGGAGCAUUUUUUUGUUCUUUAUUUACCAAUGAAGGAUGAUGCUUUUCUGUUCUUUUUCCAAAUUGCUGCCAAAUGUUGUAAAUAGUUGGACACUUGAAGACAAAUUUGAGAGUGCGAGCACAGCAAAUGGGGAUGGCUGCCAUGUUCUUGUCUGACACCAAAGAGUUUGAUUAGCUCAUAUCUAAUCAUUCAGACUGAGAGGAUCUGACCUGCUGUGAUGCUUGUUCUAGAGGAUCUGAGAGAAGGGUGUCAUGACUUCCCUUGAAAUCCAGUGAGCCACUCCUUUACUUGCCAUAACAUUUGUGUAAAUACCUACCAAAAUGGAGAAUUUUCAGCGUUGAGCGAACUGAAAAUGAAUUGCGCUACUGUGCUUCAUAUUUUUUUCUUUCUUUCCUUUUUUUCCUUUUUUGUAUAAGCAGUUGUGUGGUUUUACACUAUAUGUUUUGUAUUAUAAUGACCUGAAAGUCAUUUUAUUGAUAUUUUUGUAGUUUGUAUUGUAAGGAUUUUUUUUUUGGGCAUUUGUUUCUUUUUGAAGGACCAAAAUAUGAAUAAGCAAGAUGUUAAGAUGUGUUAAUGGCAAGCUUCAAGGAGUGUCUCUUACUCUCAGAUCUGUCUUCAUUGUCAGUUUAAUGAUAUAAUAUAUUUAUAUAUUUGGAAAAUAUAUAUACUUUUCAUUUGAGAUAUUUACAAAUAAAUACUUUUAGUAUAUUAUUUAAAGAGAAUGGUGCAAUUUAAAAAUAAUUGGUUGUAUAUAUUCUCCGAGUAUCAAAUUGAAACACUUGAAGGUGAUCCAACUGCUUGAUGAUCUGUAGAUGGAGGAGCUGCUUCAGCCUUGAAGCUCUGUGUGUCUCAGACUAUGGGCCGUUUCUGUAUACUGUGUGUCCUACAAGUUUUCUUGCACAAAAAAAAAAAGAAAAAAAGGCAGCAUGAUACUUGGUGUUUACAAAUUUGAAACAUUCAUAAUGUAUACCCUUUAGAGAAGAUGUCUGAUUUCUGAAUCAUGUUAGACAAGAACAGUUCCCAUGUAUCUUUUGUUUCUCAGUCAGGCAUGGAGGAACAUAUUUAACGUGUGUUGUUACAUUUUGAAUUGUUCUGCGUCAGCAUACUCAGCCAAUACAGUACUCCUUAAAGCCCAUGCUCUUCUGUUUUCUGGGGAGAGGGUCUGUUUUCUUAAUUGCCAUGUUUGAAAGUUUCUGUGGGGUGCAGUUUUCCUCAUUAUAGCCAAGUUAUUGUACAGUUUUAUUAAGCAAAAUUUCACAUGGAUGUUUGUCUUAAUAUGCUGCCACCUACAGUCUAGGAAAUAUGUUGAUUAUACAUAACUGUGGAUUGGAAAAUAAAUGUAAAUCAAA